AUGGAACCUACUCUUCAACUACUUCAAUUACCCGAGACCGCCAUUUUCAAAGUGAUCAAGAACUUUCCUCUGAGGCAAUUGUUCGAAUUCUCCCUUGUUUCAUCGAAAACUAAGAAUCUGGUGUCAUCAUUAGGAUUAGAAGCAAGUGAUGUUGACAUCUACAUUUGGGGCAGUAUUAGGGCAGCUGUGUACAUUGGAGAAAACUAUUUGGAUCUGGAUUUCUAUACCGAUUUGAAUAAUCUGAUUGCGACCGCAGAUAUGACUCUUCCAGUUGAUGCUCAUUUCGAUUUUCAAGACACAAGAAUUCAAUCAUCAAUUUUAUUCAAUUUCAGCAAUUGGCUGGAUCACAUUCAGUCAGUGUUCUGUUGCAAGAAGCCACUGGAUGUUUAUUUUUGUCAAGGCAGUGAAAGAUUUGAACUUCGGUCGUUGAAAGAAGCAAUUGGGAAUGUCAAUGCCUUCCAUGUGUCUAGCGAACUAACUGAUGCUUAUACCAAGGAAGUUUUGAAAUUUUUAAAUGCACCCAGCAAUAUGUCUCUGGUAAGGAAUCCAUUUGAAGAAGUUUGUCAGAUUCAACAAGUAUUCAUUCAAAACUUCGAAAUUAUCAAAUUUGAUGAUGUGUUCUCAUUGGAUGACAUGUUAUUGAUCAACAGUCAAAAAGUCAGAUUCGGGCGUCCAACAACCCACAAACAAUUCAAUAAAUUCGUCAAGCACUGGAUCCGUGGAUCUAAUCCAAGACUGCAACGCAUGUCUGUAUCAAUUGAUGAAACUGAUUUCGUGAGCAGAGAUGUCCUUCUGAAAGGAAUCAGAUGUGUUGAUGUCGCAGACGAAGAGCAACUAGAAAUCUGUCGGAAAUACGGAAUUAACAGUGAUUAUAUGGUUGAGAUCAGACGGAAAGACGGGACACCUGCAGUGAUUGCGACCAAGGAUUUCCAGAAUGUUCUUUACAUCUGUUUUAUUGCCGUUCACUGA